GCACAGAGCAUCACUCACAUCUUGAUUAUUAUUGAUUUUAUUUUGUAUUAUAUUUUAUAAAAAUAAAGUGAUCUAACAAAGGUAAAGAGCAAAUAUUAACCAUAUGUGAUGUUUCAAAUACUUGUUUGACAAGUAUAAAUAGUGGGUGGAACCACAAGUAGUCAAAAAUGUAUCCACCUCAAAAGGAGGAGUCUUAAAAAAGGACAAGCGUUGGCCUUCGGAAGGAAAAACUAUAUGAGGCGGUGUUGCUCCAACAAUGCCUCGGUUUGAUUAUUUGCUUAAAUAAUAAACAUUAUUGUUUUGAACUCGGAUCUUUUCCAGUGAAUUUUUCGAAUUUCUUUGAGACAUCAAUAUCUGUAAACUACAGCAUAGACAAUGUGUUGGAGCAGGAGUUGAGACUUUAUCAACUGGCCCAGCCUGAGCUUCUUUUUGUCCGACAAGAACACACGCCGGUCGGAGCACCGGGAAGCGGACUCCCACUCUCGCCCCCUGUCCGCCUCCUGCUGGAAUUGGAGAGAUGCCCGGGGCAGGAUGUGCUCCAGCCGCAAGAUCCUGUGGAGCCUGCUCCUGCUGUCCGUGGUGGAGGUGGGCCUCGGUGUGGCAAGCAUCGUCCUGGGAGCCGUUGGCAUCAGCUGGGUCCGGGGCCAGCACAAGCCGCAGCAGGGCGACGCCUCCCCAGUGUGGAGCGGACUCUGUUUUCUGGUCUGUGGGAUGUGCGGAGUGCUGUGUGCUCGCAAGAGGACAGGUCUUAUUAUGAUCCUAUUUUCGGCAUGCUGUAUCUGUGGUCUGAUUGGUGGGAUCCUCAACUUCCAGUUUGUCCGGGCGCUCAACAAACGGCCAGACUCCAUGCACUCGAUCCAUCUGGCUGCCAUGACUCUGGCCUGUCUGGGGAUCUCCUCCUGUACCUUAUCCACGUGGCUCACCUGUCGUCUGGCGAGCUCCGAGCAGCAGAGGAUGUUCCUUGAGAGGGAGCACUCGCUACACCACUCGCAGGAGAUGACCGAGAAGGAGAUCUUGGACAACUCCAGCAACGGCAUUCCUCUGAUCUCCUACAAUGGACACAACACAGGAUCGCCAUGACAGCGUAUCACCAAAGGCGACUUGCACACACUAAAACAGAGACAGUUCCUGAUUCGCUUGCUGUAAUCCAGCAUGUUCUUCAUUCUGCACAUCCUGCAGCAUAUGCAACUAUAUCCUGAGUGAAGUGGGUGAAACCAGGUCCCUCAACUCAGAACCCUUUAUUUCUGCUGCCGGAGAGAAAGAAGGACAUUUUGAAAACAUGCCGGAGGCGUUUGUGCUUCUGAAUGAUUAUGCAAACACGGGAUCAAACCGGCCCCAGAUAAACUCAAACCAAAGACGGAAUGGAGAGCAGCCGUUUUGGGUCGUAAUUCAGGUGGCAAACGUCUGUGUGGCAUCAUCUGACCUUAAAGCUAAUGAGCAGGAAGGAUAGUUUUUAUCUAAUGAGAUGCCUCAAUGUGAUAAGCACAAACCAAGCAUGCAGCCGAUUCACUUGAAGAGCUACUUCUAUUCCAGUCUUAAUGUCUUUAUUCUCUCUCUCUCUCUCUCUCUCUCUCUCUCUCGGUCUUGUUAUGGGUUUAUGGAAUGCGGAUCUUGAGAUGUAUGUAUUGUCCGAUAAUGGAAUGGUUUGAUAUGAAAUACAGUGAUGCGCAAUAUUCUGUAUUGUAUAUCUAUGCUUGUAUAUCAGGAAUCUAGCCGUACCUAUAAAGCCAAGAUAUUUUUGUAAAUGCUUGUUAUAAGAUGAAUUUAAUUAAAUGUAUGAUAAAUCUGA